AGUAUAGAUCUCAAAGAAAACUUUAUAAAGAAGUUGAAAAACAGCUCCCAUCUAACCUCUUGAAAAAUGCAAUUGAGAAAAGAAUAGAAAGAGCAAGGAAAAUUUAUAACCUUUUUAGUAGCAUAG